AUGACGAUAAAAGAAAUUGUAGCAGUCCUGCUACCACUUAUAGCACUCACAAGUGCUUAUAAAAACCCCUACUAUGCCAGUGGGAGGUCCGUCAAUGUCCACCUUUUUGAAUGGAAGUGGGAUGAUAUUGCUGCGGAAUGUGAACGGUUCCUAGGACCCAAGGGAUUCGGCGGCAUACAAAUAUCACCCCCCAACGAGAAUGUAGUGCUAUGGCAUGCCAACCGACCCUGGUGGGAGCGGUACCAGCCCUUGUCUUACGUGCUUGUCACACGGUCAGGCAACGAAAGACAAUUCGCUGAUAUGUUGAGGCGAUGCAAUAAUGCAGGAGUACGAGUUUACGUAGAUGCAGUGAUUAAUCACAUGACUGGCGAGCCCCCAGAAAACGUUGGAACAGCUGGCAACACAGCGGUGUUCAGGGACUGGUAUUACCCCGCUGUACCGUACAGGCGGGAACAUUUCAACUGGCCAAACUGCGUUAUUGAUGGAUCCGAUUAUGUUAACGAUGCUUGGAGGGUCCGUAAUUGUGAACUAGUCGGACUGAAAGAUUUGGACCAAUCCAAUGAACAUGUGAGAAAUAUGAUUGUGAAUUUCAUGAAUAAACUGAUUGAUUUAGGUGUUGCUGGAUUUAGAAUCGACGCAGCAAAACACAUGUGGCCAGAAGAUUUACGUAUCAUUUACAAUCGUCUUCACAACCUCAACACCGCACAUGGAUUCCCCCAAAACGCUCGUCCAUACAUCUACCAAGAAGUCAUAGACUAUGGAGGCGAAGCUAUAAGCCGUGAUGAAUAUACUCCAUUAGCAGCGGUGACAGAAUUCAAAGCAGGAAUGGCAUUGAGCAAUUCUUUUAGAGGAAACGACCAAUUGAGAUGGCUAAGAACCUGGGGUACAGGUUGGGGCCUUUUAAACAGUGGUGAUGCCUUAACUUUCAUUGAUAACCACGAUAAUGAAAGAGGUCACGGCGGUGGUGGAGGUAUUCUAACGUACAAGGAGCCACGUCAAUAUAAGGGUGCUAUUGCGUUCUUGCUAGCCCAUCCGUAUGGAGAACCGCAAAUUAUGAGCAGUUUCGCGUUCUGGGACUCUGAAGUUGGACCGCCAAUGGAUAGAAAUGGCAAUAUCAUAUCUCCCUCAAUUAAUUCAGAUGGUACAUGCGGCAACGGCUGGGUUUGCCAACACCGUUGGCGCCAGAUCUACGAAAUGGUAGCUUUCAGGAAUAUAGCUGGCAACACUGGCGUUAGUAAUUGGUGGGACAACGGCAGCAAUCAAAUCGCAUUCAGUAGAGGCAAUAGAGCCUUUAUUGCAUUCAAUAAUGAGAUCUGGGAUUUGAAUCAGAGCUUGCAGACUGGUCUCCCAGCGGGUAGAUAUUGCGAUGUGAUAUCUGGAAGUAAAGUGAACAAUUCUUGCCGCGGCAAAACUGUAACAGUCGGAAAUGAUGGCCGCGCACAAAUAUAUGUUGGAGCUCACGAAUACGACCUUAUGUUGGCAAUCCAUGUCGGAGCAGAGAGUCGGCUGUAAGCGGAAUCCACAUAAAAUCGGAACGAAGAAACACGUCUUGUUAUAGUGUAAAUACAUCUUCGAGUACAUAUUGAUCAUAAAGUAUUAAAUUAAAUUAAAUCUAGUGUUCCGAUAA